CAUCGACUCCCAGCCCUACACAUUUAAAGUUCAGUAAGUGCUGUUUGGCAGGAUGCCAGGAUGGAGAGCGUUCCUUGUCUGCCGGACAGCCUGGUGUUGGAGAUCUUUCUGCAUCUGCCUCAUGAAGCAGUGCUGAGGGCUGGGCUGACGUGUCAUCAGUGGUUUUCUGUGUCUCGGGAUGAGUUCUUGUGGAGAGAGUUGUUCUACAACUACUACCGCAUCCCACGCUCUGUACCUCGCCACCCAGCGGCAACGUCAUGGUACAGGGAGUUUAAAAGGCUCUAUGACUGCAUCCCCUGUGUGGAGGUGCAGACUCUGAGGGAGCACCAUGACCAGGUCCUGCACUUGGCCUUUUCUCAUAGUGGAAAUCUUUUCUCCUCCUGCUCCAAAGAUUGCACAGUCAAGCUUUGGGACACUGAACGCCCAGAUGGCAACAUCUCCCUGGUUCACAGUUCCAGCAUGCGGCAUUUUAAUUGGGGCUAUACGCAGUUCUCCCAGUUCAACAGCGAUGACACCCUGCUGCUGGUGUCGGGAGUUUACCUAGGAACACACAACUCCUCUUCUGGGGAAAUUGCUGUCAUCAGCUUAGAAAACUACACUCUGUUAUCACGGGUUAGAAAUAAACCUUACGACGUGUUUGGAUGCUGGCUGAACGAGACCCACUUGAUUUCUGGCAACCUGCACUGGAUCGGUAACAUGACCUCCUGCACUGUACUUUGGCUCAACAAAGCCUUUCAGGACAUUGAAUCUGAGAACGUCAACGUGGUCAAGAGGCUUUUUAAAAUCCAAAACGUCAACGCCAGCACCAUCCGCACAGUGAUGGUGGCCCACUGCCGGCGGCACGACUCGCCUGAUCUGUUGCUGGACUACGAGGCUCAGUCUCAGGCCCAAACUCGGAAGCAGCAAGGUGGAAAAUCUGACCACCAGCCGCUUCUCUUUAACCUGGAAGACUCAGAAAGUGAGGAAGACGGCGAUGAGCGAGGGGAUGGAAAUGGAGAUCGCAGGGAAACGAGAUGCUCCGCGCACCUCCCCCAUCUCGGCCCGUCUGGACUGGAGCACAUCAGACAUGGUCUUCAGAGUUCAAGUGCACGCGAGCGUGAACUGGAGGCGCGAGUGGCUCAGCUGAUGGGCGACAACCGCACUAAAGCACCAGAUCCCCACCGCUUGACAUCUUCUAUGUCCGGAGAAGGAGAGGACAAGACCUAUUUACUGUUCACCACCGGCAGCCUUACUUACUCACCUCAUCAGAUAGGUAUUAAACGGAUCAUGCCUGAUCAGAUGACCACAUGUGGGCCUGUACUGGGGGAGGAACGCCGCUCAGAGGAGUUUUUUGAUUCACUGGAUCAUGUGAUCGACAUUCAUGGCCACAUUAUUGGCAUGGGAUUGUCACCUGACCACAGGUACCUGUACGUGAACAGUCGGGCGUGGCCAGCGGGCUGUGUGAUUUCAGACCCCAUGUGCCCUCCGCCCAUCGCAGAAGAGAUCGACAUGCAUGUGAUCGACCUAAAAAGCCUGCGAGAGGAGCGGCGCAGCCUCCGUGCCCACAGAGCCUUUACCCCCAACGAUGAGUGCUUUUUUAUCUUCCUUGAUGUCAGUCGUGACUUUGUGGCCAGCGGCGCCGAAGACAAGCACGGAUACAUCUGGGACCGCCACUAUAACAUCUGCUUGGCGCGCCUGCAGCACGAUGACGUGGUGAACUCUGUGGCCUUCAGCCCCACUGACCAGGAGCUGCUGCUGUCUGCCAGCGACGACUCUACUAUCAAAGUGUGGCGCUCACCACGCAUGGUACGUCUGGCGCACUGCGUGCAGCGACCGACCAGGAGCCGAAACCUCCUCUCCUCCCUCUGGGCUCAUAGGAAUGCUAAAACUAAUCUGAACGGCAAAGUCUGAACAGAAACUCACUCAGACACUCGGGCUCAAAAACACACGAGAUCGUGACGCAUUGGCUUGUGAGGGCACUGCAGGGUCUCAGACUCAGACUGAAACUGAAAGGGAAAGUGGCGCUUGUGCCCACAUCAGUUAGUCAUGGGCAUUUUGGCAGUCGAGCAGGUUUUUUAAAGCGUUCUAUGAGGACAGCUCUUGUGCUGCAGUUUUUGAUAUGAAUUUGGGUACAACGUCGUCUUUUUAUUUAAAAAUAUAUAUUAUGAUUUGCUGUGGAUUUUUCCUACUAACAUGAUUUUGUAUAAUUUUUUCCACUGUAACAAAACAUUAGUAAAAUUAUUAAAUCAAAAUAAGAAUCAGUCAUGCAAACAUGAUGGUACAUGUAUGUAUAAGAGGUUUAUUAAUCCUUUAUGAUCAAUACAAAUUGGAUUUCUGCAUGAAUUACUUAUUACUGAUCU